AUGCCACGCACGUUACCAUGGCUUGCAAAUCCAGCUCCAGCCGAUCGCAAACCAAAAGCCGCCGCGACGGUAAAGCGACGAAAGGUUGAGCCCUCACCGCCGUCCUCACCACCCGAUGUGCUUGACGAGUUCAUACGCACGCCGAAGACAGUCGCCAACCACGAGACCAAUGCACAAGUCCCGCGUUCGCCUUCGACCUCCCCGCCGCCCGCGCCCCCUAAGCAGGAGUUCAUGCGACCGGGAUGGGAUAAUGACGACGCCUGGAGGAUGGUCACGGAUGAGUUCAUGUCCACGGCUCAACUCUUCACUGCACAUCUUGCGCAUGCGGAAUACCGGCGGCAGAAGACAAUGGCGAGAAAGAGAGAAGCGGCUUUAGGUGGAGCAGACGCAAUCGCCAGACCCGUCGUUGGCCAAUUGAGCAAAGACGGACAGAGGAAGAAGCAAGGAGAGUUGCACAGAGCAGGUGUCAAGGCUGCCUUGAAGGGUGAGCUUUCCGAGGAAGAAGAAGACGACCCUUGGGCCGGUACGCAAAUUGCAAGCCUCAUGAUGAGUCUCAGAAAAAGAGACACACUACAACCCAAAGCUGCUGUGGGUCGAAGCAGUACAAGAGCUGCUGCAGGCUUCAAUCCAGCAAGACCGCUUGACCUGAGAGGAAGACCCAUCACUCGAGAGAAGACUCCAGACAUAAAGAAGGAAAUCAAGAUGGAGGCCGAUCAAGACUCGACUGACGACGACCUCGAUGCUCCUGCUCUGCCUAGAUCUCUGUCUCGUCCACCACGACAAUCGCGACCUUCGUCGCCUACUCCUUCCUGCCCAAAGACCGAUAUAUUCAAACCAUUCGCAACCCCCAGUGCAGCCAAAAAGUCCUUGCACCGUCCCUCGUCUUCUACGACUCGCUCAUCGGACCUGUCCUCUGGCAGAUCACGGACAAAGUGUGCCAGCAUCGAUCGCGAAAUCUCUCGUCCUGCUCCUAAGCGUACGAAGCCCCAGCCAGACAGGUUCAACCGCUCUGGCACGACGCAGAGAGGCACGUCUCAAACGUGA